AGCCACGUGUCGUCGCGCGCACGACACUCUUCUAUUAAUUUAUCUGGUUAGAGAAAAUAAAAAAAUUAUUACUCCGUAGUCCGCUCGAGACGAUUAGAAGCUACCACUAAUCUCCGGCGAUUUCUAAGGGCAAGCGUUCUGGUUUUCCGGUCGUCAUCGGGCUGUACUUGAUUAGCUUGAAAGGUGGUUUCCCGGCAGAUGUUUUUCUUUUUGGUUUUGUGGUAAACUUAGCACGAACAUGCCGUUUAUGGAAUAUAAUGGUGUUUUCUUUAUGACCUGUUAAAACAGAGAAGAGAUUGCUUUGCUUCUUUGGAGCCUCUGCUAUUUAUUUUUAGGGGUCGAAGUUAGGGUUUGAUUUUUGAGAGUAAUUUUCUUUUGGGUUGUUCAACUCCACAACUGAAGAUACUGCAAAGAUUUUUUUCUUUUUCAUUUUAAUCUGUUGGCAACAUGAGAUCAGAUCGAAGGGUUAUGCAUGUCUUCAGUGCCGGAUAGAGGCUCUCGGAAUGUCAGACUGGAAUACAUACGAGGAUUUUGAGACGAUGAAGAAGAUUGGUGGUAGACAUGAAGAUGGAGGAUUAUAUAUCUAGAUGGUGCUUGAAGAUAUUGUUUGGGAUGAACUUGGUGGAGGUGAUGAUCAUAUAGUGCCUCAACCUAGUGAUGGACAACUGGAUGAUUGUGCACCUGAAGCUGAUUGCCACAAGAAGCCACGCUUUGAAACAGCAAGUGCCUUAACAAAGAAUGCAGAUAGCAAGUAUAUUUCUGAGGAUGCUAUUCGAGAAAAAAAGAAAGAAAGGUUUCCAAUUCUAAAGGAUGGAAAGAAUCCAAUGUUGGAAAGGGGUUCUUGGUCUUGCACACCUGAUGGUGUAUUUCAUGCUUCAUGUGACACUGAUUCCAUUAAUGAAGUGACAAGUUUAACUUCCGAUGACACCAAGAUACUUGGUAACUGCUUCAAUAACUGCAACGUAGAUUCAAUUGACAAUGGGCUCUGUGCAGAUGAUCCAAUGCUUGGCAGUAGAAGUUCUGGAAUGGAUGGCAGCUUGUGCCACUUCCCACUUGGUGAUAUUUCUCCAGCAGGCAGUGACCUUGAGUUUUUCAGAAAUGAAAAUGAGGAUAAGGAGAAUGGUGACCUUUUGUAUUAUGGGUGGCCUGACAUUGGCAAUUUUGAGGAUGUUGACCAAAUGUUUAGUGCUUUCAUUCAUUCUUGCAGAAGCUGUGAUUCUACAUUUGGGCAAAGGAAUCCUGGUAAUGGUGAUGAAAUGCCAUGGUUUUCUUCUUCUUCUCAUGCCAUUGACAGCUCUGGAGAUCCUCCAAAGGGAAAUGGGAUUAAUGGAGCAGAGGACAAAAUUUCAUCUGUCACUAAAACCAAGAAUGCAACUGGCAUGAUGAUUACUUUGCAAAGCAAGCAUCCAAAGCAGCAAAACCAAUUUAUGAAUGUAAGACCUCCACUAUCUGUGCCCUCAGCUACAGAGAAUUUUCAUUCUCCAGACGGUCUAGAACCAAAGCAAGAUAUCAAACCUGAUUUUUUGAGUUACUUGCAUACAUCCACUCCUUUUUUGCCCCAUCAUGCCCAGCCUAUGGAAGGAUCUAGUGAUACUUCACCAAAGGCUCCAGCUAUUAAAUCGGAGGAAAAGAUGGAUAAACUUCAUCUGCAACAUCAAGUGGAGGACACAUUAGUUAGAGAUACUCAGCAUGAGGAAUCAGUGCAGCAGUCUUCAUUUACUGAUCAAAUUACUUCCCAGAGGUACAUGCAAUGGAUUCAAGAUGAAGUUGGAGGUAAUAGUGAAGUUGAAGGAGUGAGUACAGAACUUUUACCAGUAGAAGUAGAUUCUUCAACUGUACAAGAAAGCUCUUGCAUGAGCUCUGCAUUGCCAAAUGAAGUAUCGGUAGAUGAAACUAGUUUUCAACAGCUUCAAUAUGUUAUGGGACAGUUGGAUAUUAGGACAAAGCUGUGCAUAAGAGAUAGUUUGUACCGCUUGGCUAGAAGUGCUGAACAAAGACAUAAUUUUGGAAACUCAAAUUAUGGCAGCAGAGAUGUCAUUGAUAGAAAUGGAGUGCUGAAGACUGAAGAAUUAAAUAAGUGUUCACGGUUUAUGGACAUUGAAACUGAGACAAACCCUAUAGAUCGGUCUAUAGCACACUUACUUUUCCACAGGCCUUCCAAUCUAUCUACAAGUGCUGCAAACGAAUCCUUGUCACAGGAGUCUCGAGCCAGAGUUCAUAGUUCUCUUACUAGUCAGCCUGUGACUUCUGAGAAGCCUGUUUCUUAAGAGAGGUUUCCUGGUCAAGCAGAUACAAAGACACAGAAGUGGCAACUAGGCCCUUGAGCAUUGUGCUUCAACUUUAUGUCAUGGUCAGGAUCCAGUGUUGAAUGAUUCCCUACUAAGAGGUUAUCUGAAGUCUGAACUUGAUCAAGCAUCUUUUAACCAUCUUACAUAGAUUAUCUGAAGUUUGAACUUUGAUGAAGUAUCUUCUUCAACUUUGAGAUACGGAGUAAUGGUUGUCCAACAAUAUUUUAUCUUCUGCUUAAGUGAUGCUUUUAGGAAGCCUCCUUUAAUAUGUCUGAAAGUUGAGCUUAAGAACAUUUGCACUGCUUACAUUCUAUCUAGUGUACUUUUAACUAUUUGUUCUCUAUGACUUGUCUUAGAGAAUCUCUGCAUGAUGUUUUCAUGAGAAAAAUGAAUGGUAUGAGAUGGCAAUGAUUGGUAUUAAAA